AUGGCCGACGUCUUCCAAGCCUCCGAACCCGGUUCGGGUCCCGACGUGGCUCGGCGGUUCGCCCGGAAAGGGGCCCUUCGGCAGAAAAACGUGCACGAAGUGAGGGACCAUAAAUUCAUCGCGCGGUUCUUCAAGCAGCCCACCUUCUGCAGCCACUGCACCGACUUCAUUUGGGGGUUUGGAAAACAAGGAUUUCAGUGCCAAGUUUGCUGUUUUGUGGUUCACAAGAGGUGCCAUGAAUUUGUUACUUUUUCUUGUCCUGGAGCUGACAAGGGACCUGACACUGAUGAUCCCAGAAGCAAGCAUAAAUUCAAAAUCCACACGUAUGGGAGCCCAACAUUUUGUGACCAUUGUGGUUCAUUACUUUAUGGACUACUGCACCAAGGGAUGAAAUGUGACACUUGUGAUAUGAAUGUUCACAAACAAUGUGUAAUAAAUGUUCCAAGUCUUUGUGGAAUGGAUCACACAGAAAAAAGAGGGAGGAUUUAUUUGAAAGUUGAAGUGACUGGUGACAAGCUGGAAGUCACAGUGCGGGAUGCAAGAAAUCUAAUCCCUAUGGAUCCCAACGGACUCUCAGACCCGUAUGUUAAACUGAAACUUAUUCCAGAUCCUAAGAACGAAAGUAAAAAGAAAACAAAAACCAUCCGCUCGACGCUCAAUCCACACUGGAAUGAGUCCUUCGCAUUUAAAUUAAAGCCCACAGACAAAGACAGAAGGUUAUCAGUGGAAGUCUGGGACUGGGAUCGAACCACUAGGAACGAUUUCAUGGGAUCCCUCUCUUUUGGAGUGUCAGAACUGAAGAAGUCGCCAGCUUGUGGAUGGUAUAAAUUACUUAACCAGGAAGAAGGCGAGUAUUAUAAUGUGCCAAUACCAGAAGCUGAUGACGAUGGAAAUACAGAACUGAGGCAGAAGUUUGAGAAAGCCAGGCUUGGCCCAUCGGCUAAUAAAGUUAUAUCUCCAGUUGAAGACCGGACUUAUAACUUACCAUCCAAUAAUCUUGAUCAAGUUAAACUGACAGACUUCAACUUUAUAAUGGUGCUUGGAAAAGGGAGCUUUGGGAAGGUAAUGCUGUCAGAACGAAAGGGAACAGAAGAAUUGUAUGCAGUCAAAAUAUUGAAAAAAGACGUGGUGAUUCAAGAUGAUGAUGUAGAGUGUACCAUGGUUGAAAAGCGAGUUCUGGCUUUGAUGGACAAACCUCCUUUCUUAACACAGCUUCACUCUUGCUUCCAGACAGUGGAUCGCCUGUACUUUGUCAUGGAGUAUGUGAAUGGUGGCGACCUCAUGUAUCAUAUUCAGCAAGUAGGAAAAUUUAAGGAGCCCCAAGCAGUAUUCUAUGCAGCAGAAAUCUCAGUGGGUCUUUUUUUUCUCCAUAAGAAAGGAAUUGUUUAUCGAGAUCUGAAAUUAGAUAAUGUAAUGUUAGACUCUGAAGGACAUAUUAAGAUUGCAGACUUUGGCAUGUGCAAAGAGAAUAUGAGCGAUGGAGUGUCAACAAGAACCUUCUGUGGGACUCCAGAUUAUAUUGCACCAGAGAUUAUUGCCUAUCAACCAUAUGGAAAGUCAGUAGAUUGGUGGGCCUAUGGAGUACUUUUAUAUGAGAUGCUGGCUGGUCAGCCUCCAUUUGAUGGCGAGGAUGAAGAUGAACUCUUUCAGUCAAUAAUGGAACAUAAUGUUUCCUAUCCCAAAGCAAUGUCCAAAGAAGCUGUGUCCAUCUGCAAAGGGUUAAUGACUAAACACCCUGCCAAACGUCUCGGCUGUGGGCCCGAAGGAGAGAGGGACAUUAGGGAACAUGCCUUCUUUAGGAGAAUUGACUGGGAAAGACUGGAGAACAGAGACAUCCAGCCUCCAUUCAAACCAAAAGUGUGUGGCAAGGGUGCCGAAAACUUUGACAAAUUCUUCACCAGAGGACAACCAGUAUUAACGCCACCUGAUCAGCUGGUCAUUUCUAACAUAGACCAAGCAGAUUUUGAAGGGUUCUCUUAUGUCAACCCGCAGUUUGUACAUCCCAUGUUGCAGUGUGAAGUAUGAAAACCAUAGACUCGGGAAAGCCCUCCUCCCCACUGGGAAAUUGCCCUUAGCCCUGGAGUUUUUAGACCUUUGCCUUGUUGAUUCCAUUCAGGUCUGGGAAUUGUAGGGGUAACGAGGAAGGGAAGAUGCCAAGGAACUUGUGGACGUAGAAAAUCACCCAGUGUAUUUAUUUAGGAAUCACUGAUGCUUAUAGAUUACUGCUAGCCUUUGUCCUUUUUAUAACUUUGACUAUUUUUCUCUAUCUCCUGUACCUCUGAAAACUUCUUCUUAAACAGUUAAUAAUGAAUCUGAGACUAUCAUAUGGGAUUGAGGAAAAAAGAGAUGAAAAUGUAAGUUGACUGAAGAAUAAGGGGCAGGGGGGGCAGGGAGGGGAGAAUGGAAUAAAGGGAAAUCCAGAAAAUUUUAUUCAAUGUUACAGUUGGCCAGAUCUAUGAUAAAAACAAAGAUAUGAACAAAGAAGGCCCAUAAAGCUUUUAAAAUUACUUGAUCAAGAUAGAGGUUUCGUAUAAGUUUUCAAUAUAAAGUUUUCAAUAUAAAAUAAAAAUUAUGUGCAUAGGAUGAAUACUAACGAGAGCCUGUGAUAAAGUAGCUCCAAGGUAAAAUUGCAUAAUACUGAUAUAUGUAUUAUUUUUAAUCUCCAUGAGAUUAUAUUAUGAUCCAGGGUGCCAGUUUGCUAUUUAUAUCACUAGUCAAGUUUAUUGUAAAGCCAGUUUUAAUAUUUUAUCCUAAAUAUUUCUUAACUGGGCUCUGAAUCUAUACAUCCCUAACUCUUUGAUUUAUACUUAUUUAUUUAGUAAACUGCAUGAAUAGAAUAUAAAAAGUGUACAGUAAAUUAAUAGAGAUGUAGAAUUCAGAGUCAAGCCUGAAAUGAUUCUAAAAAUAAUUAAGGAAUGUUUCUAAAAAUAAUUUCAGCUUUUAACAGAUUGGGUUUAGAAUACUUGGAACCACAGAAAUCAAAGCGAAAACUUUAACACAGAAUAAGUUUUCUUCAACUGUUGUUGGAAGCUAUUAAAUACAUUUUUGAAUAAGCAUCAUGCAAUGAAUUUUGCAUGUUUAAUGAACAACAUUUAAGUGAAUCUAUAUUACAAGUAAUUGUAUCACCUGUGAUACACAUAAUACAUAUUUUAAUAAGACACAGCUGUGCUAUAUGAGGGAAAGUUCUUUGGGACGAACUUUUUAACUACAGCUUAAUGUUCUAUUACAGUUUGGUUUUGAUUGGGGUUCUUAAACUUCUGCACCUUGUUGAUAAUUUAAGAAAGUCUGUGCUCUUCUUUGCUUAUUUUUAUGUAGUUCUACCGCUAAAUUAUCCUAAACCGCAGUGAGAUUUUGAGCACAGCAAACACAAUGAACACGCAUGUGCAAAGUUUACCCACUCCCAGCUAGUAGGAGGAGCUGCUGGUGCAUGCUGAGCCAAUUCCACUCAUUUAUUGCUGAAGAACUUGCAACAUGUCCCUAAAUCAAUUAUUUGAUCUCAAAGACGUUUAAAAAGCAGUUAUGAUGAUUAUACAAGAACUUGAGCAGGAAAUUUGGAGAACAACUAUAUACCUGUGCUUUUUUUUUUUUAAUAUGAGGCUUUCUUUCAAGAGGAUGCUGGGCAUUUACUGCAUAUCUAUUACUUUGAAGCAGGAAAACAAUAUAUUAGAGCUAUAAUCAGAUAUUUCAUAGAAUUUUACUCCCUUGCUUUUAAAUUAGUUCAUUUCCUCCCCUCCCCUCGGCAUUUUACUUGAAUUUAACCCAUUUUAAAGAUCACUAAAUAGUGGGUCUGUGAUUCUUUUGCAUGUAAAUGGAGUAGGUUUUUUUCUUGUAAUGUUUUCUCUUUUAAUUUCUGUACAUUUAGCUGCCAAAAUAUGUGCAUGUAAGUCCCUGGACAGUCCAUCUGCUUAUCAGUUUUGCCACAGAAAAAUGCAUUCCUGAAAUGAAAGAUUUCCACAAAAUUCAGUAGAAAAUGUUCCCCAAUUGUAUUUGAAGAUUAUUUUUUUCAUACCAGCUUAGAAUGUGUGAAAAUCCUCUCUGGAAAACUCUGGCUUUCCUGCACAUAUUCAUUUUCUCCAAGGAUUUGGGCAAGAGUCAUUUUAUACUUGCUUUUUUGCCUUUCUUUUGCGAAUCUUUAGGAUAUAAAAAACAUGCACAGGAAGGUACAUGUGAACAGAGCAUACAUAGAAACAUACUUUUCAGUGUCUUCAGAAUGUAUUAGGAAGGUUAUUUUUUGAAUACAGGCUGUCAGAAGAUGUGCAAUCAUGACAAUAUAAGCCAGGUCCUCACACGUGACAGCAUGUAUUUUCCUCUACAUCUGUGUGCCAAAUCUGUUGGAGUGAUCCUAAACAUAAACCCCAAAUAAACCCUAUAUAAGCUGUGAAACAAGUGUGCUAUGUGGGAAAAUUAAGGAUGCUAGUUUCAGAUGCCAUGUUGCAAACAGGCUAUGUAUGAGCACUCUGUGAGAUAGGCAGCCAUACAAAUUCAGUAAAUAAUUAAUAAAUCAAUAACAAGCGCACUGCUAUCUUGCCAAACAUGUAAUGAGUUUUUUGCAUGUGAUAGUUAACAGUUUUUGUAAGCUUUGUGCUGCACCUUGUAAAAAAUAUUCCUAUCGUUGCCAUACUUCUUAUUCCAAUUCCUAUAUCUAGUGUUUCAUAUGGACAGACAAAGAAAUAAAUAGGCCUGCAAAAAUGCACUGUAUCUCUUGUUCAGCUGAGAAUCAAACUAAGCAGCCAUGCCCUUGGUGAAAACCACAGUACUAACAAAUAUCUUAAAGCAGGAGAUAUGCAUGUUGUUAAGUGGAUGUAAUAUUAGAAAUUGUUGCAGCCUGUCAGAGCUCUGCAGACUUAGCUGUUCUUUAAUAGUAUAAAUAUAUUUAAAUAUAACAAAUAUUAAUAUUUAUACUUACAAUAGCCAAUAUACAGAAAGCCAUCAUUAAACAUAAAAAAAUUGAACAUAUUAGAUAAAACUUAAUUGACAUCUCUUUCUCUUUGCCUAUUUUUUGUGACAUUGCCAGUUUUAUAAAAAGUUAUGCACAUUUUCCUUUUUUAAGAGUAUAAUUUCAUUAGGCUAGGGCACAGAACAACCACCAGUCCAUAAACUGGGCAUUUAAAGUUUUAUUUUAUUCAAAAACACUUUAAGUUAUUGGAGAUAUGCAUCCGUCAUGAUAAUAGUAUCCGGGGGAACAUAAUGAAAAAUUACCAUGAAUACCCUAAGUAGAAAACUUUUUUUCAAGAAACUAAAGAUUUUGUUUAUAGAAUAACCUAGUUUGUUUCAAACUCUUUCAGUAGAUUGCUUUGUACGUAAAGCAAUAACACUGCUAUUAAUAAGUGCCAACAUUCUGCAUAACAUUUCCACAGUGAAAAAAACAAAAUGGCAAGUUUCUCUUGUGCAAAAUCUGAUGAUUGAGCAAUUUUAUUCAAGUCUGGGAUAUUUGAGUAACUUUAUCAAAAAGGGAUACCAUGAUAUAUGAUGCAAACUCUCAAAAUCUGGAGUUUAGAUUUGCACCCACCGAAUAAUUUGUUGCAAAAAUGUAAAUUAUGUAGAUUUGGAACGUAUUACAUGGAAAAUAAUUUCAAUUAAAUCCAAUUUAAUUUUGUCCCAA